CAUCACCCGAGCUAAAGCCACUAUGCGACGUGCUCGAAACAAACGCUUCGAGACGAAAAAGCCAGUCAAAGUUCGCACGGAGUACUGCUCCUUUUACAACAGAUUCGGUUACUGCAAGAACAAAGAGGAAUGCAGGUUUAUUCACGACAGUCGACGGGUGUCGAUGUGUCGGAAGUUUCUGAAAAAUGAGUGCGACGACCCCAACUGCUUGCUGUCACACCAACAUGACGAGAAUAAAGUCCCGGAUUGCAAGAUGUUUCUGCGCGGAGCGUGCACUCGAGAAGGCUGCAAGUACCGCCACGUAAAAGUUAGCGCGACGGCGGAGCUCUGCGAGCAGUUCAUGAAGGGAUACUGUCCUAAGGGAGAAGCAUGUCCGCUUCGACAUGAGCUUCCUCGUAAGGCGCCCACGACUACGGUAUCGCCGCAAAAUUCUACAUGUAAUAGCAGUACCGGUAAGCCGGCAACUGUGGCAGGUACUGGCAGUCCAAAGAACGACAAUGAGGAGUUGGCGAUCCGGCCGAACAUCCGCUUCGCCUCCAAGCACAGCGCAGGCUUCCCGUCCCUGUUCGAUGGCCUUCGUCCAUCAGGAAAGUAA